GCCCGGCGUGCGACGGGCUCGGCCCCGCCCUGGUGUUGCCCCUUGGCUUGUCCCCAUCCCCCACUGGGCCCUGGCACCAGCCUGUGCCUCUCCCUGCCGCCCGGGUUGGAGGUGCCCAUCCUUGCCCCGAGCCGCAGGGUGCGUCCUGCCUGCAGCACUUGGCCCAGGGCAGGUGCCUCUGGGAUGUGUUGUACAGCGCUUGGGAGGAUGGCAGCUCUGGCAAGUGGGCUGGAGAGAAGCAGGUCGAUAGGUCUGGAGGGGAGGAUCCCUGCGGUGGGCUAUGGCUUCGUCCUGCUGUACACACUGGGGUGAAGGAAAGCCGCCCGCUCCGUUGCGGGGGACACCGGACGGCGCCCUGCCAAACAGAAGUGCACGGAGUAACCCCGCUCAACCAGUCGAAACUCAGGAGUCGGGUUCCCAGAGCAGCAUAAAGCGAUGAGACUUUUAACAACGAACGCAGUCAGGAUUUAUUUUAGUAGUACUUUGGUUGUUGAGCCUUUAGGGAGUGCUGAUCAUGUCGAGUGUUUAUCUACAGCACUUAAGAGUACAACGUUAUUUAAAAAAAAAAAAAAGUUUAGAUUCCCACCUUUUUAUAAAGCACCAGGAUAUUGUAAUGCUGAUAUAGCGUGGGAAGUUUUGGCUACGGGAGUUUGUAUGCUAUUGUAAGAACAGACUGGCUUGUACCGUAAAUCAAUUGUUGUUUGCUGCUGGGUGUCCACGGGAUUGCUUGCUGAGUUACGUGUCCUGCAGCUACAGGAGUUUCCGCCUUUGGAACAGGAGGGUGUGAGAACUCAUUCUUCGGCUGCUGUGAAUUGAUGGCAGCGAAUUGGUGGUUGUGGCAGUGAUUCUCAGCUACGGCAUAGGGACACCCAGGGAUCCUUUGAAGGAUGUAGAUGUGAGGAGAUAAACAGGUAAGCACAGGAUCAGGCACAGUCCCUGCUUGGCUGUUCCCCUGGCCUUGCUGCCCAGCCCCUUGGCAAGGAGGUAAAGCACUGUAAUAAAUAAGUUAGCUUUUACAACAGGGUGCUGUUCACAAAAUAUAUGGAGGGGCGCUCUAAAAAGGUUGAGAACCACUAAGUUAUGAUAUAUAGCAGCAGUUCCCAAACUGACAGAUUGCGCACCACCAAUUUAAAAUGAUACAACCUUAAGUACCACCAGCAAAUUUUUGUCAUGUAAAAUAAUUAUAAUAAAUCUGUUAACAUGUACCACUGACAGGUUGUCUGUAGACCACUGGUGGUACGCAUACCACAGAUUGGGAACUGCUGGUAUACAGCAUAUUGAAAUCGUAGUUACUAGGUGGCUAAAGAUCAUUAAACCGCUGUCGCGUGCAAAACUCGAACCGCUUCAGGUAGAUUAGCUCCUUUUGCUGUACAGAAAUGUGAUGUUGAUGAGACUACCUCAAGAAACUAGAACAUUUUUUUCUCAUGCUUACUUUUGAUCAGCCUUUUUAAUUGGUGCCACCCAAUUAAAUAUUAAUGGUUUCAUUAGUUUUUUAAAAAAGGGGCAAUGGAAAUAGACUAGUGUGUGUGGGGGGUAGAUUAAAAAAAAUCUUCAGUAGUGUUUAACAGGAUGCUCUGAUGCUUGUUUGUGUUAAGUGCAGGCGAACGGGACAAUGAAACAGAUGCUCUGCUAUCUGCAACUGAUCAGUUUAGUUUAAUUUUCCAAGUUGAACGACAUGCAAAAGUAAGUAAUAACCCAGAUGGCAAAAAGUAAACUUGCUGUUUGAAAUUAUUUCCAUUUUGUGCCUUGAUCCUGCUCCACUGUGGAUUGGGGCAUUAAUAAUUGAGUGGAUUAUUAGUAACAUAAGUAAAGGCCUUUUUAUGUACAGUUCUUUAAAGAUGCUCUCUGCAUGUUGGAAAAAAACAGUGGAUGUUGUGUGUUUAAUUUGGAUUGCAACAGUCUCGUUAAGGUAAAACAAAGCUUUAUAAAUCAUUUCAUUUGGAGGUAAAUGGAACCUCUGCCCUUAGAGGCAUCUACUGUGUGGUAUUUCACGAGUGAAAACAUUUGUCCUUCUGGUGAAUUUGUAGGAUGAGUCUCCAACUCAGCUCAGAUUUUUGUCCAUUGGUUCUCUUGGGCUCUGGUCCCAAAGAUACAGAGCAAGAAACACCCAGAGAGAGGAAAGCUAACAGUAAGAAUCUCAGUAAACAGUAUAAUAUAGUCUCGCUUGGGAUACUAGAGUAUAUACAAUUCUGAUUUUCAGCUUUGGUUUUCCAUUUUUAUUUGUUUAUUUUUGGAUAUUUUUAAAGCAAGGAACAAAAUCUCAAUCAGUGAAAUUGACUGUCUUCACAGGCCCUGAUAUAACCCAAGGAUAAUGGCACAGUAAACUGUAAUGACCCUAUUGUGUUUAGAUUGAUAUGGAAACUUGAAAUGGUAGAUUAUUUCCAAAAAAGUGAAGUAACUGGUGUUGAGGGUCUCAUACAUCAAGAUGAGACGUAUUUUACAAGUAUUCACAAUUGUUCUUUUUGCUAGAAAUCCUUUUUUCCAAAAGAAACAACUGCUUUUUGCUUUUGCAAAACAAUAAAAAAUAGUUUCUGUAAUUUAUUUAACUUUCAUAGACAUUAGGGCUGGAAGGGACUUUGCGGGAUCAUCAGGUCCAGCCCCCUGGCCCAGGGGCAGGAAGUCAGCUGGGGUCAGAUCACCUUAGCUAGAUAAGCAUCCAAACUUUAAAUCUUUAAACCUCUUGGUUGCUGUAUGCAGAGGAAUAAUAGUUAAAAUAAUUAUGUCUUAAUUGAGAUUGUCCUGUUUCCAGCAUUAACCUGAGUUCUCUGUGCUGAAGUUAACUCCCCUCUACUUAGGAAAGCAGAACUAAAAGUAGUCAUGCAGCAAAACAAACACCUGAGUUGCAAAGUGUGACUGGAUUAAAAGUAAAGUGUUUGCACUAGCCAUCCUGUGUUGUCCUCACAGAAAAGUUGAAUUGCCACUACCAUGAGCUGCAGCCUUGCCUGAGCUUCAUCUAUGCCAGGUAAGGUAACUUGAGUUCAAAGCCCUGGGUAAGAUGAGCUAGACAUCUCUGUGUGUGCAUGGGAGUUGGGCCAGUAAAAACAAGCCUGUUACCCAGUGUUAGCAGCCUUUUGCCCGAAUACAAAAAACAGUAUGAACCCAGCUUCCUAGACAUAGGUACUAUGAAGAGGCGGUUAAAAAGAAAAGAUGGCUUGAUGCGCAAAGGCCUCCUCCUACAAACCAUCCUCAUUCUCCAAAUUCAUCUACAGGGAGGUCAUAAAAGAGAGUCUCAGUCCUCAGGGUAAAUUGAACUGUGGUCAAUACAAAAGCAAAGGGGGAAUGCACCACCUUUGUGCUAUUGAUUCUGCUUCAUGUUGGUGGCUGAUUCAGCCCUUGUAAAUUUGAGCAACCAAAGGGGACAUCCCAGCAGUUGGAGGUGGCUGGAAUACAGCUACACUCCAGUAAUCCACCAUUUAGCUUGGUCACAUUCAGAUAAUGGGAGUGGGGGGCAAGGCAAGUGAUACAGAACUGCUUUGCUAGCUCUGCUUCCUGCGGAUUCCCCAGCUGAAUAAAAUGGUUGUGCCUCCUUUGGACCAGCAGUUCAAAGAGGUUGUAGCACAAGGGAGAGGAAGGUCGCUGAAGUUUUUACAUCCUGAUUGAGCAUCUUUUUACAAGAUAUAUUCUAGUUCAGCCAGAAGCCAUCAGCUUGAUGCAUGCAGAAAUUACUGAGGGGAAUUUUUUUCAGGGUAUCAGAGUAGUUGAUUAUAAUUGUUUCUUUUAGCCUCAAAGUUUAAGAGUCAGGAAGACUUUGCUGUCAGUUUGACUAAUGUAAAAUGUUAGGGGAAAAAGAGCAAGGACAGUCAACCGGAAUCAGUUGUUUAAUGGGACCCUGGCUUAGACAUAGUCAUUUAAUGUAUUCAGACAGAAAUACAGAUGACUUGCAUGCCAAGGUGAACUAAAAAAAAUCAAUCUUUAUUUUUCAAAAGAGCAUUCCCAUUCAGAAUAAUUGUUCUAAUGGUCACUUUUGCAGGGUGCAAAAAGAGAUUGAAAGGUAGACAGCAAAGAGUUUGUGUGGGACGUCUCCCUUAGGAUAGUUGAACUGCAUGGGCAAGACUGGAGAGCAGGUACAGGGUGACAGCAACAGAAUUUCGACUAGGCGCAGACAUUCAAAAACCUGGAGCCUGAAUUGAUUCAAUCUUUGCAGGUUAGUCUAACCUGGCUAGAUUGAACCAGUUUGUGACUGAAAAGAUAUUCCCUCUGGAUUGAGGAAAUGCAGGCACAUGCCUGAAGUCACUCAGGGCACGAGCUGGAGGGCGCAAGAGCAGCGUUUCCCAAGCGGUGUAAUGCGGCAUGUGCUGUCAGGCAAGUCCAGGUGUGCCGCAGCAUUUGGGGCUGAAGCCACGCCCCCUGCCUGUCUAGAGCUAUUCCCCCCCCUCCCCCGCCUGCUGCUGCUGUGGACAUGGACAGACUGGGAGCAUAGCUCCAGCCCAGAAUGCCAUCUGGGUGGCCGUGUGUCACCCACAUGUCGCUGUCUGGCUGGCUGCACGCCACGCCCCCACUGUUGGUGUCUGGAUGGCUGUGCAUUUCCCCCUCCUGGUCCGUGUCUGGCUGGCUACGUGCCCUCUCCCCACUCUGUGUCCGGUGUGCCACGGUGCUUUUUUAUUUAGGUAAGUGUGCCGUGGGGCAUAAAAGGUUGGGAAACACUGCACUAGAGUGCAUCCUUGGCUUCAGGGAAGGUGUGCUGGAGGGGCGUGGCCAGCCCUGGUAGUAGGCUGGAGUGAACUGGCCAGGGAGGGGAUUUACUUCAUAGUAUCAUAGUAGCUAGGGUCAGGAGGGACCUGAACAGAUCAUCUAGCCUGACCCCCUGCCACAGGCAGGAAUGAAUGCUGGGUUCACAAGACCCCAGACAGAUGAUCAUCCAACCUCCUCUUGAAUAUGCCCAAGGUAGGGGUGAGGACCACCUCCCUGGGAAGUUGAUUCCAGAUUUUGGCCACCCUAACUGUAAAAUAUUGCCUUCUGAUCUCCAACCUAAACCUGUUCUCCAUCAGCUUAUGACCAUUGUUCCUUGUCACCCCGGGUGGUGCUGGGGAGAAAAGAGCUCUGCCUGUUCGCUGUUGAUCUCCCCUGAUGAGCUUGUAGGCAGCCACCAGGUCCCCCUUCAGCCUCCUCUUGCUGAGGCUGAACAGGUUCAGGUCCUUCAGUCUCUCCUCGUAGGGCCUGUCCUGCUGCCCUCUCACCAAGCGGGUGGCCCUCCUCUGAACCCUCUCCAGGCUGGCCACAUCCCUUUUGAAGUGCGGUGCCCAGUACUGGACAAAGUACUCCAACUGCAGGCUGACCAAAGUCACAUAGAGGGGGAGUAUCACCUCUCUGGACUGGCUUGAGAUGCACCUUUGGAUGCAUGACAAGGUAUGGCUGGCACCUUUGGAUGCAUGACAAGGUAUGGCUAGCCUUGCUGGCUGCGGUUUGGCAUUGGCAGCUCAUGUUCAUCUUGGAGUCAAUAAUGACUCCGAGAUCCCUUUCCGCCUCUGUGCUUUCAAGAAGGGAACUCCCCAGCCUGUAUGUAUGCUGUGGAUUCCUUUUCCCAAGGUGCAGCACCCUGCAUUUGUCUAUGUUGAACCCCAUCCUAUUCUUGUCUGCCCACUUUGGUAGUCUGUCUAAAUCUGUUUGCAGCCUCUCUCUCCCUUCAAGCGUGUCCACCUUGCCCCACAUCUUAGUGUCAUCAGCAAACUUGGACAGCGUGCUUUCCACCCCCUCGUCCAAGUCGCUGAUGAAGAUGUUAAACAGUGCGGGCCCGAGGACCGAGCCCUGGGGUGUACCCCACUGCUCACGUCUCACCAGGUUGAGUACAACUCGUCCACCACUACUCUCUGGGUGCGCUCCAUCAGCCAAUUUUUUACCCAUCUAACUGUGCAGGCAUCAAUGCCGCAGUCACUUAAUUUAUUAAUGAGGAUGGGGUGAGAGACAGUGUCAAAGGCCUUCUUAAAGUCUAGAAAGACUAUGUCCACAGUAACACCAUCAUCCAAGAAUUUAGUUACUUGGUCGUAAAAGGCAAUCAGGUUGGUCUGGCAGGAUCUGCCUUUGGUGAAGCCAUGCUGAUUGCCCCUGAGCAUGAUCUCCCCUGCAGGCCCCCCACAGAUAUGCUCCUUGAUGAUCCUCUCCAAGAUCUUCCCGAGCACCAAGGUGAGGUUUACAGGCCUAUAAUUACUUGGGUCCUCCUUCCUCCCCUUCUUAAAAAUUGGGACCACAUUAGCCAGUUUCCAAUCCCCCGGCACCUGGCCAGAUGAUCACGAAUGCUCUUACAGCCGGGCCAAAGGCUCCGCGAUGACCCCUGCCAGCUCUCUCAACACCCUUGGGUGGAGGGCAUCUGGACCUGCAGAUUUAAAAAUGUCUAGCCCUUCCAGAAGAUCCCUAACUACAUCUGCACUGACUGAAGACUUGAUAGAGCUAUCCCCAAGAUUGUCCCUACCUCUGGUAGGUGGGAUAUCCUGGUCCCUGUUUAGGAAAACAGAGGCAAAGAAACUGUUAAAAGUAUCAGCUUUCUUGUCUGGCUUCCUCCCUUUUAUUGUCUGGCUUCCUCCCUUUCUUAUCUGGCUUCCUCCCUCCCUGUGCCACGGACCCAAGCUGGGGUCUGUUGGGUGCUCCCCCCUCACUGCCACAGCAGUAGGGACGCAGCCAGAUGCCAUCCGGCAUGGCCUCCUGAGGCAGAGAGGGCAGGGAAGGGGGUUAUUCCUCCCUCUACCCCCUCUGUCCUCAGGGGACUGCAACAGGGUCUGCCUGUCCCGGCUGCCACAGCUGCUGCUCGCUCCCUGCACUGGGUGAGUGGCGAGAUAAGCUUCCUCUUGCCCCACUCCACGCCAGAUGGAGGGGGGAAUAAUCACCAUUCCUGCCCCCUGCCUAAGGGGCCAUGCUAGCCGGACUCUGGUUGCGUCCCUGCCGCUGGAGCAGUGAGGGGGGAGUGACCAUGUUGGGGGCAGCAGCCCUUGUCCUGUUGUCUGGGGAAUGCGAACCUCUUCCUGAUGGGGGGGACCAUGGGUGGGGGGGCCAGAGCUGCCGCUGAUUAUGCAGGGUGAAUGGUGGUACCUGGGCUUGGAGGUGGCCAUAGCUCCCCAAACUCCUCUAGCACCACUGCUACUGCUUGCCCUUCACAGUCCUCAGCAGCUUUCCCUGACCCACAGUGCGGCCCCCCAACCAGGAAGAGGCUUGCACUCUGGGACACUGUGACAGGGGCUGCUGCCCCCAACAUGGUUGCUCACCCCUUGCUGCUCCAGUGGCAGGGGCAGGGCAUGGCCAGAGCCUGGCCAGCAUGGCCUCUUAGGCGGGGAGGCAGGAAGGGGGUUAUUCCCCACCGGGAAGAGGCUUGUGCUCCCUGGACACCAUGCCAGGGGCUGCUGCCACCAUCAGGGGCCCUGCUCCCUUGCUGCUCCAGUGGUAAGGCAGAGGUGCGACCAGAGCCCAGCCGGCAGGGCCCCUUAGGUUGCGGGGGCAGGCAUCUGGCGAAGGGGGCAAGAGGGGGCUUAUCCUGCCUCUUGCUCCCUGCAAGGAGUUAGUGGUGGUGGCGGUCAGGGUGGGCAGACCCCACUGUGAUCCCCUGAGGGCGGAGAGGGAAAUAACCGUCCUCCCUGCCUAAGGGGCCCAUGGUGGCCAGUGUUUGGCUGCACCCCUGCCACUGUUGCAGCAAGGGAGGAGCACCCGGCAGCCCCUGGUUCGGGUCCGUGGGACAGGGAGGGUGGAAUUCAACCCAGAUCACUCCAGGCUACUGCUGGAGCUGGCCGUGCCCCUGUUGCUGAAGCAGCCAGCAGAGAAAUGUAGGUCCGUGGUGGUGGGACGGGGAGAGGGAGCGGGGAAAUUAACCUCUUCCCUGCUCCCUUCCAGGGUCAGCGUUUGGCCAGGUCCCUGCCCUUACUCCGGCCAGGGACCAGAGGGGUGGGGCCAGCCCUGUUCCACUGGAGCAGAGAGGCCAGCCCAGGGGGGGAUGCUGGGAGACUCUGGUUUAACUUAAACCAGGAAGGGGUCUGCAUAAACCAGUUUGAGCUCAAUCAUUUAAGCUUGAUAUUACAUUCAGCCAGGUUUAUCUCAAACUGGUUUUGGCCAUUUUGAAACUGGUUUAUGUGCACUGAACAUAUGUUCUGUUUCAGGUCUAAACCAGUUUCUGAUCACUUAAACCAGUUUAUGUGUACCCCCUCCUCUGCAACAGUUGGACCUUCACUUCAGGAGGAUUCUUCAGUAAUGGAUGACCCCGCUCCACCUGAAGAGGACCCCCGCAAUGAGACUAUAUGAACCGAGACACUUUUCUUCAAACCACUUCUUCCACCAUUGCGGACCACCAUAACGGGUUUAAGAAAAGAAACAAUUUGAACAAAACCUGAGUUUACAAUGAAGUCAACCCAGACACCGAGUCUCCGGCGGUCACAAAAUGAUUCUGUAUAUAACAUGAGUCAUUCCAAAGGAAUACCCGAGUUACCACCCUUGCCACCUUCUGUAUCAUCAGGACCUUCAGAAUUGUAUCAGCUUGUCCUGCAGAACAGCUGUUAUCCUCCUUUAAUGCAAAGAGUGUCAUGGACUUUGGCAGUUCCAUUUAAAGAACAACGCUAUCACCGAAGUCCGAGUGACUCCAUAGCUAAUAAUUAUACUCUUGCUUCACGGGAUCUAAAACUGAGUGGCCUGCGCAAGAUGGUUUCCCCUUCAGUGGCAAGAGCAACAUUUGACUCGGCAAAGCAGAGGAAAGUUUCACCGUCUUCAAAAGAACAUGAACCUUCUGAGAAAAGGCUCAAACUUGCACGAAGAAAAUGUGACUCUUCCCGACAUAUACCAGAAAAGAGCACGAUACCUUAUUCAGACAGCCAUCCGUUGACUCCAGAAGAACAAUUUGUUGUCAUGCACUUACAUGAGGAGGAGAUAUUUAAGCAAGAAAAACUGCCUUCAAACAGUGAUAUCGAGAGAUAUUGUUAUUAUAUACAUAAUGGAGUACGGAAAGACAUGCUGGCACCUCAGGAUAAAGAGGUGAUGAACAUGAUUUUAAAACACAUUCCAGAUGACUUCCUUACCAAUCCAAACCUGGAGCAAUUGCUUCAGAGUUUACAAGAAGAGAUUCAAACAGACUAUCACUUGAGCCUCAUGAAAGCCAUUGUUGAUUACAUCUUGAUGGAUCCAGCUGAGAGAAAGAGACUCUUCAUUAGAAGUAUCCCACGCUCUUUUCCUCAGAGAAUAAUCCGAGCACCAGUCCCAUGGCAUAACACUUACCAAGAAAUGAAAGACUGGAAUGAAAGCCAUUUGUUCAUAGUGAAUCCCAUGAUGCAUACUUUGCAACAUCUCUGGUUUACUGAAUUUAGUGACCUAAGAUUUGUUCGUACAGAAGAAAUGCUUUUGGGUGAGCUGCCGCUGUUGCCCGAUGAAUUUGAAGAGUUAAUUCAAAGGCAUUGUAUGGAAGCUCGUGAUAUUCUUCAGAAGAAGUGGAUCCCAACCUGUGCAUCCCUCUUCAUUGAUCAGAAAGAGAAGUGGCUUCAUUUGGCACCUCAGAACGACUAUGAUUCCCCUCAACAAAUUGAAGAAUAUUUUGCUUCUGUAGCAAAUCUCAUGUCAUUACAACUACGUGAAAUGGUUGUUAACUCUUUAGAAGAUCUCCUUGCAUUUUUUAUGAUACACAAGGAUGGGAAUGACUUUAGAGAACCUUAUCAAGAAAUGCAGUUCUUUGUACAUCAAAUACUAAUCAUCAAACUCAAUGUGGAGGAACCGAAAAUUGUGUUUGAGCCACCUAUGAAAAAAUGUUGGGAUUUAAUCUACCGUUGCUUCAUGGAGAUCUUGCGGAGUUCAGAGGAACUUCCAAAGGUAGAAGUUCAAAUCUUUCCAGAAUUAAAAAGGGAUGACCACAUUCUUCGUACGGUCAGACCAGAGGAAUCUUUGGUUUCAGAAUAUGUGAAUAAAGCUGCAAGGAUAUUUGAGAACAACACAGUCGGUCCACAGAAGUACUUAAAUGUGUACAGGAAAUACAGUGAUCUUUUGAACAACAAGGCAGAGCAAGAGGUUACUAAUUUUUUGAAGGAAAGCCAUUCCUUAGAAGCUUUCACCAAGAAGAUUAACAGUUUAACAAAACUGAAAAAAGAAAUAGCCUCCAUGCAUAUCACUGUCCCUCUCGCCAUGUUCUGCCUGGAUGCUUUAAAGCUGAAUGAGGAACUUUGCAGUCGGGCCCAAAAUCUUAAAGAUAGGCUCAUUGAGUUUGAAGUGGAUGAAAACAGAGAAUUAAAUAAAAGCAUUUGCAAUCAGUACAAAAUAAUUGCAGACAAGGUGAAUGAAAUGCCUUUGAACACUGAGGAGCUGGUGGAGCUUACUGCCUACUUAAAAAAAGCCAGUGAAAUCACUGUUUUUAAACUGAGACGUGAGAUCUCUGAAGCAGCCUACAGACUGGAAUUCUUGAUGGAGUAUGCUGACCUUCCUUAUGAUGACUUAAAGCUGAAUAGUACUGUUUUCCACUGGCCAGAUGAGAUUGAGAUAAUCUUUGAAAAAAGCAGAAACCAGCUGUUUGUCAGGAGGGAUAUAGCAGAGACAGCUCUGAGUAAAAGGUGUUCCCGAUUUGAGGAAACUCUGAAAAAAUAUGAGAAAGAAGUAGAAAGUUACAAAAAACGUGAUGUCAUGAUUUUGGAAGAAAUGAAGAAUAAUGUUGAGAAAUUUAAUGAGCUGGAUAAGAAUUUGGAUGAUGCAAUGGUAGAAUUUGAGGCUAUUAAUAAAGAAGAGGAGUUACUGGAGCGUGAGAAGAGUCAGUUUCCUUUGCUGCAAGCUGUAAUUGUAAAUAAACAACCUUUUGAGCAACUUUGGAUAACAGCUUUUAAUUUCCAUACCAAGUCUGAGGAGUGGAUGAAUGGACCUCUUCAGAACUUGAAUGCUGAUGUUAUCACUGAGGAAGUUGGAAAUAUGUGGAGGACCAUGUACAAACUUUCUAAGACUUUUAUAGAUCUUCCUGGACCAAAGCGCUUAGCAGAAAAUAUGAAAUUUAAACUUGACAAGUUCAAGCAGCAUCUUCCUGUCCUGUCUAUUGCUUGCAAUCGAGGAAUGAAGGAGAGACACUGGGAACAGAUUAGUGAAAUAGUAGGAUGUGAGAUCAGACCUGAUGAAACUACUUCCCUAUUAAAUAUGUUGGAAUAUGGAUUAUCAAAAUACAUGGAGAAAUUGGAACCUAUAGGAGCAGCAGCUAGUAAAGAAUAUUCCCUAGAGAAAACCCUGGACAAGAUGAAAUUGGAAUGGGUCAAUAUGCAUUUCAUUUUUGUGAAGUACAGAGACACUAACACCAGCAUCCUGUCAGCAAUUGAUGACAUCCAGCUUUUGCUUGAUGAUCACAUUGUUAAGACACAGACAAUGUGUGGCUCUCCAUUCAUCAGACCAAUAGAAAGUGAAUGCCGGGCAUGGGAAGAGAAACUUGUUUUAAUGCAAGAUAUUUUAGAUAGCUGGUUAAAAUGUCAAGCAACGUGGCUUUACUUAGAACCAAUUUUUAGUUCAGAAGACAUUAUCGCUCAAAUGCCAGAAGAGGGCAGAAAGUUUGGCAUCGUAGACGCUUACUGGAAAGACAUCAUGACACAUGCAGUAAAGGACACCAGAGUACUUGUAGCAACUGAACAGCCUAAGAUGUUGGACAGGCUUCAGGAAGCAAAUAAUCUCUUAGAAGAUAUUCAGAAAGGGCUAAAUUCUUACUUGGAGAAGAAAAGAUUAUUUUUCCCAAGAUUCUUUUUCUUGUCUAACGAUGAGCUGCUUGAGAUUUUGUCAGAAACUAAAGAUCCCCUUCGAGUCCAGCCACACUUGAAGAAAUGUUUUGAGGGAAUUGCUAAGUUGGAGUUUACAGAAGACUUGGAGAUCACGGGCAUGAUCAGUUCAGAGAAAGAAACUGUUCCCUUCAUAGAAAAAAUUUACCCAGUGAAAGCAAAAGGCAUGGUAGAGAAAUGGCUUUUGCAAGUAGAGGAAAUGAUGCUGGGCAGUGUAAGACAAGUUAUUCAAGAUGGCAUUGCAGAAUAUGUUCAAAUUCCCCGAAAAAAGUGGGUACUUCACUGUCCUGGACAGGUGGUUAUCUGUGUUUCAUCUAUCUACUGGACAAAAGAAGUGUCUGAAGCUAUCAAAAGAGGAACAUUGCCUGAUUUUUUGGAGAAGAGCAACCACCAAAUUGGAGAAAUUGUUGAAUUAGUGAGAGGAAAGCUGUCCAGUGGCGCCCGUCUCACUCUGGGGGCUCUCACUGUCAUUGAUGUGCAUGCUCGUGAUGUGGUUGCAAAAUUGGCUGAGGACAAGGUCACAGAUCUGAAUGAUUUCCAGUGGAUUUCUCAGCUGAGAUAUUACUGGGAGGAGGGAGAAGUAGUGGUACGAAUGAUUACAACAGAAGCUGGAUAUGGCUAUGAAUACCUAGGCAAUUCUCUUCGCUUGGUUAUAACUCCGCUGACUGAUCGAUGCUAUAGAACAUUAAUGGGUGCUUUGAAAUUAAAUCUUGGUGGUGCUCCAGAAGGACCUGCAGGGACUGGCAAAACAGAGACAACAAAAGAUCUUGCAAAAGCACUAGCUAAACAGUGUGUUGUCUUUAACUGCUCUGAUGGUCUUGAUUAUAAAGCCAUGGGUAAGUUCUUUAAGGGACUGGCACAGUCUGGAGCUUGGGCCUGCUUUGAUGAGUUCAACAGGAUUGAGGUUGAAGUCUUGUCUGUCGUGGCACAACAGAUCCUCAGCAUACAACAGGCUAUUAUUCGAAAAUUGAAGACUUUCAUCUUUGAAGGCACAGAAUUGUCCCUUAAUCCAACCUGUGCUGUCUUCAUCACUAUGAAUCCUGGGUAUGCAGGACGGGCAGAGCUUCCUGAUAAUCUAAAGGCAUUGUUCCGAACAGUUGCUAUGAUGGUUCCAGAUUAUGCUUUGAUUGGUGAAAUUUCACUUUAUUCAAUGGGAUUUUUGGACUCUAGAAGCCUUGCCCAAAAAAUCGUUGCCACCUACCGUCUUUGCUCUGAGCAACUGUCAUCUCAGCAUCACUAUGACUAUGGAAUGCGUGCUGUUAAAUCUGUCCUGACAGCAGCUGGAAACUUAAAACUAAAGUACCCAGAAGAAAAUGAAAGUGUCUUAUUACUUCGUGCUUUGCUAGAUGUGAACUUAGCUAAAUUUUUGGCACAGGAUGUGCCUCUCUUUCAGGGUAUCAUAUCUGACCUCUUUCCUGGAGUGGUCCUUCCUACACCAGGCUAUGAACUGUUUGUUCAGGCACUGAAUGAAAAUAUAAAAAAAAUGAAUCUUCAACCAGUUCCUUGGUUUAUUGGAAAAAUUAUUCAGAUUUAUGAGAUGAUGCUGGUGCGCCAUGGAUACAUGAUUGUUGGUGAUGCUAUGGGUGGAAAGACCUGUGCCUUUAAAGUGCUAGCAGGAGCCCUUGGUGAUUUAUAUGCAGAUAAAUCCAUGGAUGAAUUUGCUGUUGAGUACAAAAUUAUUAACCCCAAAGCUAUUACUAUGGGACAACUCUAUGGGUGUUUUGACCCCGUGAGCCAUGAGUGGACAGAUGGAGUCCUUGCAAAUGCCUUCAGAGAACAAGCAUCUUCAACCUCUGAUGAACGCAAGUGGAUUAUAUUUGAUGGCCCAGUGGAUGCAGUUUGGAUAGAGAACAUGAAUACUGUGCUAGAUGAUAACAAGAAGCUGUGUUUAAUGAGUGGUGAAAUAAUUCAGAUGAAUUCCAAAAUGAGUUUAAUUUUUGAGCCAGCCGACUUAGAGGAGGCAUCUCCAGCAACUGUCAGCAGGUGUGGGAUGAUCUAUAUGGAUCCUCAGCAGCUAGGCUGGAAGCCUUUGAAGGAUUCCUACAUGGACACACUACCCCCAGACCUGCAACAGGAGCAUAGAGAACUGGUCAAUGACAUGUUUAUGUGGCUAGUUCAGCCUUGCUUGGACUUUAUUCACCUUCAGUGCAAAGUCUUAGUACAGACAUCCUCUAUUCAUCUAACCUAUAGCAUGAUGAGACUCUAUUCCUGUCUGCUUGAUGAAAUAAGGCAGUCGAAUACUGAGGAGGGUGAAACUAUGUCUAGUCAGCAGAUCAUCUUAUGGCUGCAGGGACUUUUCCUUUUUGCUUUGGUUUGGACAAUUGGUGGGACCAUCGAUGCAGACAGCAGAAAGAAAUUUGAUGUCUUUUAUCGCAACUUGUUAAUGGGAAUGGUUGAUGAGAACCCGCGCCCCAAAAGUGUGAAGCUCACCAAAAACAAUAUCUUUCCAGAAAGAGGGAGUGUGUACGACUUUUAUUUUCACAAGCAGGCCAGUGGGCAGUGGAACAUGUGGACUGAUUACAUCACUAAAGAAGAGCAAAUUAUACCUACUGGUGCAAAGGUAUCUGAUCUCAUAAUCCCAACCAUGGAAACUGCCAGGCAAACAUUUUUCUUAAAAACAUAUGUGGAACACAAUAUUCCUUUGCUGUUUGUGGGUUUCACUGGCACAGGAAAAUCAGCUAUUACCAACAGUUUUCUGCUAAAACUUCCGAAACAUCAGUACAUCCCAAACUCUAUCAACUUCUCUGCAAGAACUUCAGCUAACCAAACCCAGGAUAUUAUUAUGUCAAAGCUGGACAGGAGAAGAAAAGGAUUAUUUGGACCUCCAGUGGGAAAGAAAGCUAUAAUAUUUGUGGAUGAUCUAAAUAUGCCUGCAAAGGAAGUAUAUGGAGCCCAGCCACCCAUUGAGCUUCUUAGACAAUGGAUUGAUCAUGGCCAUUGGUAUGAUAAGAAGGAUACAUCUAGGCUUGAUAUCGUAGAUGUCCUGUUUGUUUCAGCAAUGGGUCCUCCUGGUGGAGGAAGAAAUGAUAUUACAGGACGUUUCACGCGACACUUGAAUAUUAUUUCCAUCAGUUCUUUUGAUGAUGACAUUUUAGCCAAGAUUUUCACUUCAGUUGUUGACUGGCACUUCAGUAAGGGCUUUGAGCCAGUAUUUUUAAGGCUUGGCAAGCUGCUGAUCCAAGCUACAAUGGCUAUUUAUAAAAUGGCUGUCGAGAAUUUUCUUCCAACGCCUUCCAAAUCCCAUUAUGUCUUUAAUCUGCGGGAUUUCUCCAGGGUUGUUAGAGGAGUGCUGCUGUGUCCACAUACCCACUUACAAGAUGGAGACAAACUGAUCAGGCUCUGGAUUCAUGAGGUUUAUCGAGUUUUCUAUGACCGUUUACUUGAUAAUGAGGACAGGCAGGUGUUCUUUAAGAUGGUAAAAGAAACAACAUCAAAUAGCUUCAAGCAGAGUGUUGAUAAGGUAUUGAGUCAUCUGUCACCUACUGGCAAGAUCACUGAUGAUAAUAUACGCAGUCUCUUUUUUGGAGACUACUUAAAACCAGAUAGUGAUGUAAAAGCCUAUGAUGAAAUCACGGACUUAAAACAACUGACAGGUGUGAUGGAAUAUUACCUUGAAGAGUACAACAAUAUUAGCAAGGCACCAAUGUCCUUAGUCAUGUUCCAGUUUGCUAUUGAACAUAUUUCAAGGAUCUGCAGAGUGUUAAAGCAGGACAAUGGUCACUUGUUACUGGUGGGGAUUGGUGGAAGCGGGCGACAAAGUGCUACCAAGUUGGCCACAUUCAUGAAUGCUUUUGAGCUCUUUCAGAUUGAAAUUACAAAGUCUUAUGCCACCAAUGAAUGGAAGGAGGAUGUGAAACGUGUUAUGCUGCAGGCUGGUGUCAGUGACAAAAAGGUGUGCUUUUUGUUCUGUGAUAAUCAAAUAAAAGAUGAGGCAUUUGUGGAGGACAUUAACAUGCUACUGAAUACAGGUGAUGUGCCUAACAUCUUUGCAGCUGAUGAGAAAGCUGAAAUUGUGGAGAAAAUGCAGGCUGCAGCAAGGACAGAAGGCAAGAAAAUUGAGGCAACUCCACUUGCCAUGUAUAACUUUUUUAUUGAAAAAGUGAAGAAAAAUUUGCACAUUGUCUUAGCAAUGAGUCCGAUUGGAGAUGCGUUCCGGAACCGAUUACGAAUGUUCCCAUCAUUGAUAAAUUGCUGCACCAUUGACUGGUUCCAAACUUGGCCCACAGAUGCUUUGGAAAUGGUUGCAAACAAGUUUCUGGAGGAUGUUGAACUUGAAGAUGAAGUGCGGAAAGAGGUUGUGCUGAUGUGCAAAUAUUUCCAAGAAAGUGUGAGAGAACUUUCAGUGAGCUAUUACAACACACUGCGAAGGCACAACUAUGUAACACCGACAUCUUAUCUGGAACUGAUUCUCACCUUUAAAUCACUGCUACACAGCAAAAGGCAAGAAGUUAAUACAAUGAGAAAUCGGUACCUUGUUGGCCUCCAAAAACUUGACUUUGCAUCUUCACAAGUUGCAGAAAUGCAGAAGGAACUGACUGCUCUUCAGCCUGAACUCAUUCAAACCUCUGCAGAAACAGAAAAAAUGAUGAUCCAGAUAGAAAAAGAAACAGUUGAAGUAGAUGCAAAGAAAGAGCUAGUGUCUGCCGAUGAAAAGGAAGCUAAUGAAGCUGCAGCUGUUGCUAAAGCUAUUAAGGAUGAGUGUGAAGGGGACCUUGCGGAGGCUAUGCCAGCUCUGGAGGCUGCACUUGCAGCUCUUGAUACCUUGAACCCCUCGGAUAUCUCACUUGUCAAAGCCAUGCAGAAUCCACCAGGCCCUGUCAAGCUUGUCAUGGAGAGCAUCUGUGUAAUGAAAGGAAUGAAACCAGAGAGGAAGCCUGAUCCAACUGGCAGUGGUAAAAUGAUAGAAGACUACUGGGGACCCUCUAGAAAGAUACUAGGAGACUUGAAAUUUCUCGAGAGCUUAAAGACAUAUGACAAGGAUAAUAUUCCUCCUGUUAUAAUGAAAAGAAUCAGAGAGAGAUUUAUUGAUCAUCCAGAUUUUCAGCCGGCAGUCAUAAAAAAUGUAUCAUCUGCCUGUGAAGGCUUAUGCAAGUGGGUCAGAGCCAUGGAGGUGUAUGACCGUGUAGCAAAAGUUGUUGCCCCAAAACGUGAACGUCUUAAGGAGGCAGAAGGUUUACUUGAAAUCCAAAUGCAGAAACUCAACAAAAAGCGUGCCGAGCUUAAGGAUGUAGUGGAUCGACUUCAGGCCCUGAAUGAUGAGUUUGAAAGCAUGAAUAACCGGAAGAAAGAAUUAGAAAACAACAUUGAAAUCUGUUCACAGAAGCUAGUGAGGGCUGAAAAAUUGAUUAGUGGUCUUGGAGGUGAGAAAGAUAGGUGGACAGAAGCUGCACGAUUGUUGGGAGUUAGAUAUACGGACCUUACUGGUGAUGUGUUGUUAUCAUCAGGAACAGUGGCUUAUUUGGGAGCCUUUACUGUAGAUUAUCGCCUUGAAUGUCAAAAGCAAUGGCAGGUUCUAUGCAAGCAGAAGAACAUACCAUGCUCCAAUGAUUUUAGCCUCAGUAAUACUUUAGGAGAGCCAGUCAAAAUCCGUGCCUGGCAGAUUGCUGGACUGCCAAUUGAUUCUUUUUCAGUUGAUAAUGGUAUAAUUGUUUCUAACUCCAGAAGAUGGGCUUUAAUGAUUGACCCUCAAAGGCAAGCCAACAAGUGGAUAAAAAAUAUGGAGAAAGCAAACAAGCUUUCAGUUAUCAAACUGUCUGACACAAAUUAUGUGAGGACCCUGGAAAAUGCCAUCCAGCUUGGAACACCUGUCUUACUUGAAAAUAUUGGAGAAGAACUGGAUGCUUUCAUAGAGCCUAUAUUGCUGAAGCUAACAUUCAAGCAACAGGGUGUAGAGUACAUGAGGCUAGGUGAAAAUAUAAUUGAAUACUCAAGAGAUUUCAGGUUUUAUAUAACAACUCGUUUAAGGAAUCCUCAUUAUCUUCCUGAAGUGGCUGUAAAAGUUUGUCUUCUCAACUUUAUGAUUACACCUUUAGGUCUCCAGGACCAACUUCUUGGAAUUGUAGCUGCAAAGGAAAAACCCGAGCUGGAAGAAAAGAAAAAUAAACUGAUUAUAGAAAGUGCAGCCAAUAAGAAACAACUGAAGGAGAUAGAAGAUAAAAUCCUAGAGGUCCUUUCCAAGUCUGAAGGAAACAUCUUAGAAGAUGAAACAGCAAUUAAUAUUUUGUCUUCCUCCAAAGAGUUAUCUGAAGAAAUCUCUGAAAAGCAGGAAAUUGCCUCUAUAACAGAAAUGGAAAUAGAUGCUACUCGGAUGGGUUAUAAGCCAGUAGCUAUUCAUUCAACAAUUAUCUUCUUUUGCAUUUCUGAUCUAGCAAACAUUGAACCAAUGUACCAAUAUUCAUUAAUUUGGUUCAUUAACUUGUAUGUACACUCUAUUGCAAAUAGCAAAAAGAGCGAUGACCUACCAGCAAGAAUUGAGAAUAUAAUUGAAUAUUUCACAGUGAGCAUUUAUAAUAAUGUCUGCCGUUCACUGUUUGAGAAGGAUAAAUUGCUCUUCUCCCUUCUUUUGACUAUAGGAAUAAUGAAAGGAAAAAAUCAGAUUGAUGAUGAGGUUUGGCGUUUCCUGUUGACAGGAGGUGUUGCUUUGGAUAAUCCUUAUGCUAACCCAGCGCCUGAGUGGUUGGCUGACAAAUCAUGGGCUGAGAUUGUACGUGCAUCUAGUGUGAAAAACCUUAAGGGACUAAUGGAUCAUGUAAAAGAUAAUCUUUCAAAAUGGAAAAUGAUUUAUGAUUCUGCAAAACCUCAAGAGGAGGCAUUUCCAGAUGUGUGGAAAACACUAAUAGGGCUAGAUCGUUUGGUUGUUCUCAGGUGUUUGAGACCUGAUAAAAUUGUUCCAGCAGUACAAGAGUUCAUCACAGAGAAUAUGGGAAGAACAUUUAUUGAGCCACCUACUUUUGACCUUGUUGGAAGUUAUAAUGAUUCUAAUUGCUGUGCACCUUUGAUUUUUGUAUUAUCACCAGGUGCUGAUCCUAUGGCAGGUUUGUUAAAGUUUGCAGAUGACGUUGGCAUGGGUGAUACAAGCAUUCAGACUAUUUCACUUGGCCAGGGCCAAGGCCCAAUUGCAGCAAAAAUGAUAUAUCAAGCUAUUAUUGAUGGGACUUGGGUAGUGUUACAAAACUGCCACCUUGCAACCAGCUGGAUGCCUGCUUUAGAAAAAAUCUGUGAAGAAGUGAUAGUGCCUGAGAGUACCAAUGAUAAAUUCAGAAUAUGGUUAACUAGCUAUCCAUCAGAAAAGUUUCCUGUCAGUAUUCUCCAGAAUGGCAUCAAAAUGACCAACGAGCCUCCCAAAGGCGUUAGAGCAAACUUGCUCCGAUCAUACCUCAAUGAUCCAGUCUCUGAUCCUGCAUUCUUUAGUAGUUGCCAAAAGCAAGAAAUGUGGCAAAAACUCCUGUUCGGGCUUUGCUUUUUCCAUGCUUUGGUACAAGAAAGAAGAAACUUUGGCCCUUUGGGCUGGAAUAUUCCAUAUGAGUUUAAUGAAUCUGAUCUUAGAAUCAGUAUGCGACAGAUCCAGAUGUUUCUGAACGAAUAUGAAGAAAUCCCAUUUGAAGCUCUGACAUACCUAACAGGGGAAUGUAACUAUGGUGGGAGAGUAACAGAUGACAAAGACCGGCGUCUUCUCUUGUCACUUCUUUCCAUUGUCUAUACUAAGGAUAUAGAACAGGACAAAUACCAACUUUCACCUGGGGAGGAGUACUACAUACCAAUCCAUGGGCCAUACCAGUCUUAUAUUGAAUACAUAAGAACAUUACCAAUUACAACACAUCCUGAAGUGUUUGGGCUUCAUGAGAAUGCAGACAUCACUAAGGACAACCAAGAGACCAACCAGCUUUUCAGUGGAGUUUUGUUGACUCUGCCUAGAGAAGCAGGGGGAGGUGGCAAGUCCCCACAGGAAACCGUUGAAGACUUGGCACAAGACAUCCUAUCCAAAUUACCAAAUGACUUCAACCUGGAAGAGGUAAUGAAGAAAUACCCUGUGCUUUAUAAGGAAUCCAUGAACACAGUUCUUAGGCAAGAACUAAUUAGGUUCAACAGGCUGACAGAAGUUGUUCGAAGUAGCCUUGUCAAUUUAGGCAGAGCCAUCAAAGGCCAAGUGUUGAUGUCAUCUGAACUGGAGGAUGUUUUCAACAGCAUGCUUUUAGGCAAAGUACCAACCAUGUGGGCAGCCAAAUCUUAUCCCUCCCUAAAGCCACUGGGCAGCUACAUGUCUGAUCUUCUUGCACGCUUGGCCUUCUUCCAGGAGUGGAUCAGCAAGGGACCACCCAAUGUAUUCUGGAUAUCAGGAUUCUACUUUACUCAGUCCUUCCUGACUGGUGUUUCACAGAACUACGCUAGGAAAUACACCAUCCCAAUUGAUUACAUUGGAUUUGAAUUUGAGGUGACAAAAGAAGAACACACCAUGGAAAAAAUGCCAGAAGAUGGGGCAUAUGUGAAAGGACUUUUCUUGGAAGGUGCACGAUGGAACAGAGAAACCAUGCAGAUUGGAGAAUCAUUUCCCAAAAUCCUUUAUGAUUCUUUGCCCAUAAUUUGGCUGAAACCUGGAGAAAGUUCUAAAUUUCUACAUGACAAUAUUUAUUUGUGCCCUGUUUACAAGACAAGUGCAAGAAGAGGUGUCUUGUCUACUACAGGGCACUCAACUAACUAUGUUCUCUCAAUAGAGCUUCCUUCAGAUAAGCCCCAGAAACACUGGAUAAACCGAGGUGUGGCAGCCCUGUGUCAGUUAGAUGACUAAAAUGUAUGCAAGUCACAACACCCAAAUUCUGUAAUUAAAAGGCAUGCUUACUCUC